CCACUUCCUUGUUUGUCCACCAUCCCUCUCUCGGGACUCAGCGACCUUCUCCUCGACCACACCGUUGUCUCGCCGCUGCAGAGGGUCCAGUCGCAGCCUACCACUCAAGGCCGCAGCCUGUCUCAGAAGCCGCAUAAUUGGAUUAUCGCUAUAUGCGAAUAAUAUAAACAAUCAUGGGUCGGAGGAAGAUUGAAAUCAGAGCCAUUAAGGAUGAUCGCAAUCGCUCAGUGACAUUUCUCAAGCGAAAAGGCGGCUUGUUCAAAAAGGCCUACGAACUAUCCGUGCUCUGUUCCGUCGAUGUCGCAGUCAUCAUCUUUGGACAUAACAAGAAGCUAUAUGAGUUUUCGUCAGGAGACAUCAAUGAGACGCUGCGGAGGUACCAGUUUUACGGACAACCUCACGAGCACAAAGGACCUGGCGACUUCAAGAACAAGGGCGGCGAUGACGAUGAUGACGAGGACGAAGACAUCGACGACCAGGCCUCCCAUCCUAGAGAAGAGUCAUUACCACCUCAACAUGCGAUACCACACAUGCAACAUCCCAAUUCCUUUACACAUAUUCAGCAACCCAUGAAUUCCUCCUCCCCUCCUAUACCGAAUGGCAUGUUUCAACCUCGCCAUGGGACUCCUCAACCGCCUCAUAUCAUUUCCAGACCACCGUCACAGAAUAUGAUCCGGCGCACUAGUUCAAACCUUGUCCCUAUGCAACAUCCUCACCCUACACCUCCACUACCGCAGAAUGGAUUUGCUUACGUGCCGAAUCCUCCCAUAUACAAUCCUCACGCGGCGCAAGCUGUACCACCUCAACCCUCUCCGCAGCCUUCGUUCCAACAAUUCCCUCCUCAACCACAGCAUGCGCCGCAACCCACCCCUCCUCCACAAUCGCAUCAGCAUCUACAACAAGCGCAUCAGCAGUAUCUGACCGAACAAGCGCGACAGUCACAACCUCCCCCAACAUCUCAACCUGGUCUUCAACCGCCGCCUCAACCACAACCUCGCUCUUCGCCCCAGCCUGAGAAUCAAAGUCUGCGUCCUCCGGGACAAGCUACUCCUCCACAACCAAAGCACAUGUCAUCUAAGUCGCGAAGUAUCUUCACACCUAUAGACGAGGGCGGAUCAGUAUUGGCGCAGCAUUUCUUCGGUGCUCCAGACCCACCCAGACCGAAAAGGGAGGAUGUCGACGGCCCAGACAUCAAGCCUCCGCCGCGAAGUACCACUGCACCCAUCGGUCCCAGACCAGCCAACCAACCAGCCAGACCACACACAGCAGCUCCUGAAUUCACCCCACCCUCACGAACAAACACGUCAGGGUCAAAGUCAGGCGCCAGGCCGAAAUUGAAUCUACAAAUUCCCUUAGAGGCAGAGGACGGGUCCGCAAGCGGAUCACCGCUAGCAUCGGCAGAUCCAUCAGCGAGGCCAGCCGGUGAGCAUAUUGUCCUUCCGCCGCCAUCACCGAGUGCUUCGGCAGUCAUGUCUGCCGGCGCCAGUGGACCACCUAAUCCUUUUGCUCGACCUCCCCCUCCGACAUCGAAUCAGAACCGCGACGCGUACAAUGACAAUCGAGGCAAUAUCGAGACGCCCAUCUCAGCGCUACCGAGCCGAUACAUGAACAACGAUCUACUACCGAGUCCGAGCAAUUUCUUCAGUGAGUGGUACGAUUCCGGCCGGAAUGGAUCGGCGGUUUUACCCAGUCCGCUGGUCUUUCCGACGCCGUCCGAUAAUCGGAAUACGGGAUUCGGUGGUCGCGAUGUGACGAGCGACACGAAUGGCGAGAAGAGGAAGGGAGAUGGUGAUCUGGCGGAGAAGGAAGGAGAUACGAAGAAGGUCAAGACAUGAUUGAAAAUGCUGUGAAGAAAAUGCUGGGAAUGCAUGAAGAUUUUCUAUCUCACCAAACGACGCAAUCAGCGAUCAUUUACUACGAACUACAACCCGAGAGAAAAGUACAACUAUCGACCACUUUACGGCCUUUUGAGCAUAUGGACCUUUGAUGUUGAACUGCAUUGUUGGGAGUUUCUGAUGUAUAAGAGGACAAAUCUGCAUAGCGUAUUGACGUGCGGUGUGACUUC